AUGCUCGCCUACUGCGUGCAGGACGCCACCGUGGUGGACGUGGAGAAGCGGAGGAACCCCUCCAAGCACUAUGUAUACAUCAUCAACGUGACCUGGUCUGACUCCACCUCCCAGACCAUCUACCGGAGGUACAGCAAGUUCUUUGACCUGCAGAUGCAGCUUUUGGAUAAGUUUCCCAUCGAAGGUGGACAGAAGGACCCCAAGCAGAGGAUCAUACCCUUCCUCCCAGGCAAAAUCCUCUUCCGGAGAAGCCACAUCCGGGACGUCGCGGUCAGGAGGCUGAAGCCCAUCGAUGAGUACUGCCGGGCGCUUGUCCGGCUGCCUCCCCACAUUUCACAGUGCGAUGAAGUCUUUCAGUUCUUUGAGGCCCGACCCGAAGAUGUCAACCCUCCGAAAGAGGACUAUGGCAGCUCCAAGAGGAAGUCAGUGUGGCUCUCCAGCUGGGCUGAGUCUCCCAAAAAGGACGUCACAGGUGCCGACACCAGCGCCGAGCCCAUGAUCCUGGAACAGUACGUGGUGGUGUCCAACUAUAAGAAGCAGGAGAACUCAGAGCUGAGCCUCCAGGCCGGGGAGGUGGUGGAUGUCAUCGAGAAGAACGAGAGCGGCUGGUGGUUCGUGAGCACCUCUGAGGAGCAGGGCUGGGUCCCUGCCACCUACCUGGAGGCCCAGAAUGGUACUCGGGAUGACUCAGACAUCAACACCUCCAAGAGCGGGGAAGUGUCCAAGAGACGCAAGGCCCACCUGCGGCGCCUGGAUCGCCGGUGGACCCUGGGCGGGAUGGUCAACAGGCAGCACAGCCGAGAGGAGAAGUAUGUCACUGUGCAGCCUUACACCAGCCAGAGCAAGGACGAGAUUGGCUUUGAGAAGGGUGUCACUGUGGAAGUGAUCAGGAAGAACCUGGAGGGCUGGUGGUACAUCAGGUACCUGGGCAAAGAAGGCUGGGCACCAGCCUCCUACCUGAAGAAAGCCAAGGAUGACCUGCCGGCUCGGAAGAAGAACCUGGCAGGCCCCGUGGAGAUCAUCGGGAACAUCAUGGAGAUCAGCAACCUGCUGAACAAAAAGACAUCGGGGGACAAAGAGACUCCCCCAGCCGAAGGCGAGGGCCCAGAGGUCCCCAUUGCCAAGAAGGAGAUCAGCCUGCCCAUCCUCUGCAACGCCUCCAACGGCAGCGCCCUGGGGAUCCCCGAGAGGACCGUCUCCAAGCUGGCCCAGGGCUCCCCGGCCGUGGCCAGGAUCGCCCCUCAGCGGGCCCAGAUCAGCUCCCCCAACCUGAGGACAAGGCCUCCACCUCGCAGAGAAUCCAGCCUGGGGUUCCAGCUGCCCAAGCCACCAGAGCCCCCUUCUGUGGAGGUGGAGUACUACACCAUUGCCGAAUUCCAGUCCUGCAUUUCUGACGGGAUCAGCUUUCGGGGUGGACAGAAGGCAGAGGUCAUCGACAAAAACUCGGGCGGCUGGUGGUACGUGCAGAUCGGAGAGAAGGAGGGCUGGGCCCCCGCGUCCUACAUCGACAAGCGCAAGAAGCCCAACCUGAGCCGCCGCACGAGCACCCUGACCCGGCCCAAGGUACCCCCGCCGGCGCCCCCCAGCAAGCCCAAGGAGGCCGAGGAGGGCCCGGCGGGCACUGCCGAGAGCCAAGACUCCCCGCUGAAGCUCAAAUAUGAAGAGCCCGAGUAUGACAUCCCUGCCUUUGGCUUCGACUCGGAGCCGGAGCUGAGCGAGGAGCCCCCGGAGGACAGGGGCUCGGGGGACAAGCGCCUGGCCCAGCCCUGCAGGCCCUCGCCGGCCUCCUCCCUGCAGCGGGCCCGCUUCAAGGUGGGCGGCUCCUCCGAAGACGUGGCCCUGGAAGAGGAGACCAUCUACGAGAACGAGGGCUUCCGGCCCUGUGCCGAGGACACCCUGUCCGCCCGGCGGUCCUCCCGGGACAGCGACUCCCCAGGAGGCUCCCCCCUGUCCCUUGCCAGGAAGAACUCCCCCAAAUCGGACUCCCCCAAAUCAUCCUCGCUCCUCAAGCUCAAGGCGGAGAAAAACGCCCCGGCGGAACUGGGGAAGAACCACUCCUCGGCCUCCUUUUCCUCAUCCAUCACCAUCAACACCACCUGCUCCUCCUCCUCCUCCUCCUCCUCCUCUUCCUCCUUGUCCAAGCCCAGCGGCGACCUGAAGCCCCGCUCUGCCUCGGACGCAGGCAUCCGCGGCACCCCCAAGGUCGGAGCCAAGAAGGACGCGGACCUGAAGGCCGGGCUGGCCUCCUGUGCUCGGGCCAAGCCGUCCGUGCGGCCCAAGCCGUUCCUGAACAGGGCGGAGUCCCAGAGUCAGGAGAAGAUGGACAUCAGCACUUUACGGCGCCAGCUGAGGCCCACGGGCCAGCUCCGGGGGGGCCUCAAGGGCUCCAAGAGCGAGGACUCGGAGCUGCCCCCCCAGACAGCCUCCGAGGGCCCCAACGAGGGGUCCAGGAGAGGCUCGGCCGACCUCAUCACCCUCCCAGCCGCCACGCCCCCGUGUCCCGCCAAGAAGGGGCGGGAAGGGCAGGCCGCCUCCUACGUGACGUGUAGCGCCUACCAGAAGGUCCAGGACUCGGAGAUCAGUUUCCCCGCGGGCGUGGAGGUGCAGGUGCUGGAGAAGCUGGAAAGCGGCUGGUGGUACGUGAGGUUUGGGGAGUCGGAGGGCUGGGCCCCUUCCCACUACCUGGUGCUGGGGGAGAACGAGCCGCCUGACCCCUCGGGCAAGGAGCCGGAUGCAGUCACCGCCAAGGGCAAGCAGAAGGAGGGCAAGUCGGACAGCCUGGAGAAGAUCGAGAAGCGGGUGCAGGCUCUGAACACCGUCAACCAGAGCAAGAGGGCCACGCCGCCCAUCCCUUCCAAGCCGCCCGGGGGCUUCGGCAAGGCUUCGGGAGCCGGCGCGGUGAAGAUGAGGAAUGGGGUCCGGCAGGUGGCCGUGAGGCCCCAGUCGGUGUUCGUGUCCCCGCCGCCCAAGGACAACAACCUGUCCUGCGCCCUCCGGAGGAACGAGUCGCUCACGGCCAGCGACGGCCUCCGGGGCGUCCGCCGGAACUCCUCCUUCAGCACCGCCCGCGCGGCGGCCGCGGAGGCCAAGGGCCGCCUGGCCGAGCGGGCCGCCAGCCAGGGCUCGGACAGCCCCCUGCUGCCCGCCCAGCGCAACGGCAUCCCCGUGUCCCCCGUGCGCCCCAAGCCCAUCGAGAAGUCCCAGUUCAUCCACAACAACCUCAAGGACGUGUACGUGUCCAUCGCAGACUACGAGGGGGACGAGGAGACCGCGGGCUUCCAGGAGGGGGUGUCCAUGGAGGUCCUGGAGAGGAACCCCAACGGCUGGUGGUACUGCCAGAUCCUAGACGGGGUGAAGCCCUUCAAAGGCUGGGUGCCCUCCAACUACCUGGAGAAAAAGAACUAA